GAACAUUAUAAAAUAAAUGCACUGUAAUAACGAAUUGGCCGACCGGAAGUGACCUUAUUUACAUAAUUUUUGUUUCCACUAAAUGAUAUAACUCGGCUCUCUUUUAUAAUAAAAGACGUACCAACAAUUUGGUGCACACUCUCGUGAAUGACAGCAACUCCGAAAUCAUAACAAGAUGAGCUCACGUGAAGACCCUGCAUCAUCUCCAACGUACAGGCUAACGCUAGCUAGCCUCUAUGAUAUGACGACAAGGGGAAAGAUGCUCGAAGCAGUGAAACAGCCAUGAAGACUGUGAUGGUGUUCAUAGCUGGCUGAGAGUACACACCAACCAGCAGGUUGCCGUCAUGAAGGCAGGCGAAAGGACGGAGUGUGGCAGUGGGGAUCUCUUUGAGGACUGGGACUUCCCCUCGGAUGACUCGUCUCUUUUCUGUGACAGCUCCACACCCAUCUCCAGGCUACAGGGCCACAUCACCUGGCUACGGCCACAGGAGAUCUGCCAGUCACCAGUUGUCUUCCCUGCCACUAUCCACCAUAGUCAUGCCAAACAAGGCUUGCUGGGAGACUGUUGGUUUCUGUGUGCAUGCUCCAUGUUGCUCAAGAACAAACAUCUUCUGGACAAGGUCUUCCCACCGCACCAGCCCAUGUGGGGUGACAGCAAGUACAGAGGUUCCUUUCACUUUCACUUUUGGGUGAAGGGAAACUGGACAGAGGUGACCAUUGAUGACCGCCUACCUUGUAUUGAUUCAGUUCUCUGCUUCUCACACUGCCACACCCCCUCUGCCUUCUGGGUGGCUCUGCUGGAGAAGGGAUAUGCUAAACUUCACGGUUCAUAUGAGCGGCUGUGGGCUGGGCAGGUGUCCGAGGCCUUAGUGGACCUGACUGGGGGUCUUGCAGAGUGCUGGAGUUUGUCUCACUUUGGUUCAGAGGAGGAGCAGCACACAUCAGAGGAGAACCACAAUCAGGCCAGGAGACAAAGGCUGGACCUGGACAUCAUAUAUCCACUGAGAGCCACUUGUGCACUCAGUUGCUCUACUCAAAGCAUCCCGGGAGGAGACAGCGAGCUGGGUCAACACCAUGCCAUGGCUGUGAUGGAAUGGCUGGAUGUGAAGACAGUAGCAGGAAGCAGGGUGCGACUGUUCAGGAUCAGAAACCCCUGGGGGAGAUGCUGCUGGAGUGGAGCCUGGACAGAGGGUGGUGCAGGAUGGCGUUCGCUGGAUUCGGUCGAUGCUUCGGAUAUCCAAGCUCGGGCGGCACAGGGUGACUUCUGGUUGGAUGAAACCGAAUUCCUGUCCCAGUUUGAUGAUGUCACAGUAGGCUACCCAAUCAGUGAGGAGGGACACCUACGAAAUAUCUACACUGUGAAAUCUCAAACAGGAAACCCGCUGCCUCACCGGCAUCACCUCGCUGGACGCUGGGUAAAGGGCAUAUCCUCUGGUGGAAGUCGAAACAGCAGCACUUACAGCAGUAAUCCAAAGUUUUGGCUCAAGAUGUACGAGAAAGGUGAGGUUCUCAUAUCCCUGCUGCAGCACAGGAAGUGGAGGCAAUAUGCAGACACACCCCAAGAGGAUGACGUGAGGCGCCAGCACUACCAGGCCAUCGCUUUACACAUGUGGAAGGUGGAGAAGAAACGUUUUCAUCUGAGUCGUACUGUGAACAAAGCGCCAUGUGCUUCUACUCACUGCCACGCCCACCAGAGAGAGGUGGUGCUUCCUGGUCAGCUGGAGCCCGGACACUACCUUGUGAUCCCCAGCAUCUACCAGCCAGGAGCAGAGGCCCGCUUCCUCAUCAGGGUCUUCUCCUCCUCUUCCUCGUCCCUCAGUGCCCUGUCGAGCCCAGCACCUCUACUGCCGUUAACUUCAGACGGAGAGUGGGAGACCAGUCACUUCCGGGGCUCGUGGGUGGAAGGAAGCUCUGCAGGAGGAAGCAGGAACUUCCCGUUCCACGGGAAGAACCCAUGCUUCCCUUUUACGGUUUGUGAAGAGCCAGUUACGGCAGGCCUCAACAUCAAGGUUACCCUGCGCCAGAGCCGUGCUGACACUGAUCUGCUCCCCAUUGGCUUCCAUAUUUAUAAGAUACCAGCUGGAGAGCAAUGUCAUUCCAUCCCCAGUGAGGACCCCGUUGCCAGUUGUGUUCCCCACUGCCACACUCAGGAUGUUAGCUUGUCCUGCUCUCUUCCAUGUGGAGUUUACCUCGUCGUACCAUCCACAUACCAGCCUGACUGCGUAGGAGAAUUCACCAUCAGCCUUGCUCAGAGAAUAAACAGGAGAGUUGUGAAAAGCCAAGAAAAGCUGGGAAAAGCCAUUCAGGAGGUGUCUCACAUCUCAAUGAUGCGAAGCUAGCCCUCUUUGCUGCUUCAAUGAUGUCGGUGCCGCAUGAUGAAAGGACUCCCCCUCCUCCCUACCGAGACGUGUGUGUGUGUGUGUGUGUGUGUGCACAUGUACGGCUAUGCAUGUGCACCGUGACUUAGUGGAAAUUUGUGCGUCGGGGAGCUUCUCUUCAUCCUGAAAAUCUGAGGCUGAGGGCCGAUGAACAGCAAGGCACUCAUUGGCCAUUAGGACAUCAGAGGUUGUCGGUGGGCUGGGCUGCUAAUGAACUAUGACGGGACUGGCUGGUGUAAACAAACAGCCGCCAUUGAAGAAAGCCGCCACCUCUGUUGCUCAUUCAGUCACUGAUGCGCCCGUCGGACCGGAACAAAGGCUCCUCUCAUGAGGUCCUCACAGAAGCCCUGUGGGCAAGGGGUGAGCGGGGUUGGUCUGCGACUGCUGAGCCAACCAAACCGGAACGCGACACAACCGUGCCACACUGAGCCAAAGUUGUCUACCAAUCCCUCAGUCCCCCGCACACUCCUUUCUCAGCGUCCACUGUGUGUGUGUAUAUGUGUGCGGCUGUUCAGAAACAUAGGUUAUACCCUAUAUGUGCCCUCGAUGUAUCUCACAAUGCAUCAUGAAAAGCAGUGAACAACCAAUGGUCACUGGAAAAGCAAUAUAUCCCAUGAAGCAUUGCACCAAAACAUAAAAAAAGAAAAAACAUGGAACGGACAUAAUUCUUUGUGUUUAUGUUAUAAAAUACACUCAUCUUAAAACAGUUACCCGACUUAAGACUUUGUCAAGAUACGAGUCGUCGAUGUGACGAAUUUCUUACUUUGACAUGCGAGCGCAACCUUUAGAUACGAGCGCUGUAUGUCGGCAGGUGACUCAACUCUGUUCACUCCAAGCAGGAGUUUGGCAGAUAUCAUUAAUUAAUUAUGUUCAAAAAAGACUUAAAGCGGUUUAUUGCCACUCAGUGGGUUACCGUCAAACUAAACUUAAAACAUAGAGAAUUACACGUGCAUUAAACUAUGUAGCCUCCUCUACCUUAAUGCUAACAUACAAUAGAAAAUACCAUGGGCACACGGGCUAACAAUUAGCAUCUACUGUAUGUGGUGGUGGUGUUAACCUUUAAGUAAUAGAUAUCUGAACACAAGCAAGCAACACAUGGCGAAAGACCAUAUAACAGUACUCACAAGCAUUAAUUCUUUAUCCACUGCGAAGAAUGACUAAUCUUACUGCCAUACUGAUCCUCCUGUCUUUUUGUGUCAUUACUGUAUGUGUUUAUGAAGUAUUAUAGAGUUCUCUUUUCUCAUUUAAAAAAAUCAUUACAAAAAUGGGAGGUUGGAACAGAUAAUGGUAUUUCCAUGGGGAAAGAUGAGUUGAGAGUUUUGAGUUGCAAGGGUGGUUGUGGAACAAAUUCGAGUUGUAUAUCAAGGGACAACUAUACUAUCAUUUGACUGAUGAAGAAUGAACUACAGUAUAUCGUCCACUGUAUACAAAUCCCUACAUAAUGAUUGGGGAGUAGGGAAUAAGCACACAAUUCCAAAUACAGACUUUGUCAUUUCUGGGAGUUCACACCAUGAAUCUCCCGCACAGCACGCCCUUAAAUGAUGUCUGUACCGAAGCCAUCCACUGCCUCCCUUUUCCGUCCCCCCUCGGACCACCGCUCUGACCCGAACAGAGCCUCUGAAGUGGCAGUGAAAACAGAUGACAAGGAGCAGGAUGCAAGGGAUGAAACAAGGGACGCGGCACAUCAGAGGAGGUCGGCCUGUGUGAAGAGAGCGCCAAUUGGUUUUGUGUUGAGGCUGUGCGCGUUUGGCAGCGGGUUUGCCUCCUGCUCAUCCACCAUAUCUGUCAUUGAAAGGCCUGAUGAUUGACUCCCUGUGAGACAGUGCUGAGCCAAUGAAUAAAAGAUUUGUUUUGUACUGUAGUUUUUUUUUUUUAUAAAUCUUUGAGGUCCCUAUGGAGAAUAAAAAGUUCAUGAGAAGUUG